CGAUCCGACUUGCAGCUCCAACACCAACAUCACAGCAUUCAUCAUGGACUACCAAAACCGCGCCGGCUCCAAAUUCGGUGGAGGUGGUGUCGCCUCCCAAAGCGCCGUCAACGCUGACCGCCGCGAACGUCUCCGAAAACUCGCUCUCGAAACCAUCGAUCUCGACAAAGAUCCCUACUUCUUCAAAAACCACGUCGGAUCCUUCGAAUGUCGUCUCUGUUUGACCGUCCACCAGAACGAUGGCUCCUAUCUCGCUCACACCCAAGGUCGCAAGCAUCAGACCAAUCUCGCGCGACGUGCAGCCAAAGAUGCGCAGAUGGGAAAGAAGACCGAGGAGGGCUAUACGGGCGCAAACGCCGUACAAGUAAAGCGGAACAUUGUCAAAAUUGGCCGACCCGGUUACUCCGUGACCAAGACACGCGAUCCCAUCACGAGACAGGAAGGUCUGCUGUUCAGCCUACAAUACCCGGAAAUCGCACAAGGCGUUGAGCCCAAAGUGCGGUUCAUGAGCGCCUAUGAGCAGAAAGUGGAGGAUCCUCCGGAUAAGGCCUUCCAGUACUUGCUGGUUGCGGCGGAACCCUACGAGACAUGCGGCUUCAAGAUUCAAGCGAGAGAUAUUGAUCGCAGAGAAGAGAAGUAUUGGACGUGGUGGGAUGCAGAUAGUAAGCAGUAUUGGGUGCAGAUCAAUUUCAAGACGGAGAGAGAGGAGAGAUUUAGUGGUGUGCCUGGUCUGGCUCCGGGAAAGAGAUGAGGUGGACAACGAGAAUCUCGGGCGAAAUUAUUGGUCCAGAAGCAGAGAGCAGAGAACGCGCAGUGUCGUGGCAGCACGAUUUGCGAUUGUGGGCGCGAAUAUGAAAGUGUGCCCGGUGCGGCUAUCGUGUAUAGCGUCGACGAGGUCGCGAACCCAAUUGUGCCAGUGAAGGCGCGAGCGAACUUUUGAGUAAGGCGCACGUGGGCCCCGGCGGUGAAGGACAACACGAUACGCAAAAAGGCAAAAAAGGCUCUCUGUAAGCGACUGCUAUUAUACAUCCUGGUCAAACGAUAGCUGAUCCUUACAAGCAUCCUUCGGCCUUGCGCGGCCG